AUACCGAUAGAGCGAUAUACAGAGGAGCAGCAGCGCACCGUAGAGAUGAUUCUGGAGAUGUUCAAUGAAGAUAUCGAUCGUCACAGCAUCCUGAUAUUCUCACACGCCGACAGACUCAGAGGAGUAUCCAUUGGAGAGUUUAUUUUGAAACAAAAUCGAAAAGUUCGAGACCUCGUGAAGAGAUUUGGGAGGCGUUUCAUGGCCUUUGACAACACAAACCCUACAAACCGAGAACAAGUGAGUCGACUCCUGCAGAAAGUGGAUAAACUGCUGGCUGGGAAUAAGAACCGUCACUUCACUAAUGAAGUCACAGAGGCCAUGCAGAAAGCCCAGAAGAUAAUAGAAGAGAGAAUGCAAGCAGAAACGGCUGAAAGAACGAGGAAAAUAAAGCAGGAGGUCAAGAAAAUGGCUGAUGCUCGUUGGCGUGCGUUCAUUUCUGACGUCAAUGAAGAGAAGCAAGAAACUGAACGAAGAAGGAAACACAUUCAAGCCAGGAUUGAUCGGAUUAACACGGACAUAUUGAAAGAAGAUCAGAACGUGGAGCCGAUCCCAGAAAGACUGAGACGGUUCACAGAGUCUCUGCAGACGGAGCUGGAGAACAUGAGACGGCUGGAGGAAAGACAGAUGGAGGAGGAGAGAGAGAGAAAGAAGAGAGAAGAGAAAGAACAGAAGGACCUGGACAUCUGGAUCCAAGAAGAGGAGCAGAGGAGGCUGAGCGAAGGAGGACCGAAGAAUCUACUUUCUCCAGAUCAUAUUAAAAUGCUGACUUUGCUUUCCAUGUUUUUGCUGGGCGUCGGGGCGUCAUUUGCACCCGUUCUCUUACCGUUCCUGUUCCCUGCAGCUCCGGUGGUGGAAGCCGGGUUGGCGGCGUCGAUUUUGUCCAAAUUGUUAGCUGCAGAAGGAUGGGGUUUCGUUUGGGUGGUUGCUGGAGUCACCAAAGCCGCAGUGUUGACCCGCUGCUCCAUCCAGUGACCCGUCCAUCAUUUAUAUAGCACCAUUAACAACAGCAGCAGCUGACCAAUGUGCUUUACCACAGCAGAUAAAACUGAUUUUAAAAAAUCACAGCUAAAAACAAAUUAUAUCAGCAUUAUAUCAGCAAAAUGAAGUUUACUGUGUGAGAAAAAUUCAAGUUUACAGAGUUUUAGUAUCAGUGCUACAUUAAACUACUAUAUAUAGGCCCGGUUUCACAGACAGGGCUUAGACUAAGCCAGGAUUAGGCCAU